AUUCAAAUUAUGAACUUUGUUACAAUUUAUUUCUAAUAUUAUGCAGAUAGUAAUCUACUAUUAGAUAAAAAUAUGGAUGUAUAAAUUAUUUCGAGGGUAGCUAGAAAAUUUUUUUUAAUUUAUAGCACAUAAAUAACCCUACACCUACUACUAAACGCAAACAAAUUAAUUUUGUUCAUCUACACAAGUGUAUGCAGUUGAAAUUAUUACUAGUUUCUUUAUAUUAGUAUUAAAAAAAUAAUUGAUUAAUAUUGAAAUAAAAAUUGUAUGACAAUAAUUUUUUUAGUAAUAAACUUUUUGAUAAUGAAAAUUUCAAUAAUACUAAAUAUUCAAGUGUACUUUUGUAUAUUUAUCGCUUUAUUGAAUACUGAAGGAACACCUAAUAAAAGAGCACACGUCGAUAUAAUAACGAAGUUACUACAUCAACCCGGAUGGAAAAAUAUAAAUGAUGUCGAAUACAUUAUUUACAGGCGCAAUUUGUUUACAUUGAACGAUGUGAUUAAUAAACCUGUAACAUUAAAUAACUGUGACAAUAUUAUACGUAAAGCUACAAUAUUCCUUGCAUGUUCUUACGCUAAUGAUUUACAUACAAUAUUCUAUACAUUUUACAAUUUUCAAGAAUAUUGUUUCAUACUACUUAAUUCUGGUAAAAUCAGUGCACAAAACUGUACAGUAAAAAUUUUAGAAAAAAUGAUUGAAUUUGUUACGCUGGCAAAAUAUAUGAAAGGAGCAUUAUAUGCUAUAGAAAAAUAUCACAAAAACCCUAUGAACACCCAAAAAUAUACUCGGUUUCCUUUAAGUAAACUUCUUACAAAUUUACAGAAAUAUGAAUCGUUAAAGAAAUUGAUUCCUUUGGAAAACAAUAUGGACUCAAUUAAAAAUGCGUUAUUAACUAUCACGAAUAUUUUAAACACUGGCGAUUUUGAACUCAAAAAAGAUGUAUCAUUGUGUAAAAUAAAACAAAUAGAUUUGAAUUCUAUGUGGAAUAUUUGGAUAAACGAAAUUGUAACAUUAAACAGUCAAAGAAAAGACGAAGAACUUAUCAUUUUUCUAACUGAUAAAAUGAGCAAUUUAUUCCAAAGGAUACUCUGGAAUAAGUAUGUUACACUUGGAUUUCACUUUGAUUCGAAGACAUGUAAAACAGUUUUACCUGGCCUAUGUCCAACGAAUGUCAAGCUAGAUAUCGCAGAAAAUUCUUCUAAAAAUUUGGUACAACAUACCAAUGAUGAAUAUUUGAUGGAAAAUGUACAACAAGAAUAUAUCGCAGAAAAUUCUUCUAAAAAUUUGGUACAACAUACCAAUGAUGAAUAUUUGAUGGAAAAUGUACAACAAGAAUAUAUUGCACAAAAUUCUUCUAAGAAUUCGGUACGAAAUAACAAUGAUAUAGAUAUUUUUGAAGAGAUGCUGCAAGAAUAUAUUGUAGAAAAUUCUCCUAAAAAUUUGAUACAACCCACCAAUGAAGAUGAUUUGAAGGAAAAUGUACAACAAGAAUAUGUCGCAGAAAAUUCUCCUAAAAAUUUGGUACAACAUACCAAUGAAGAAGAUUUGAUGGAAAAUUUACAACAAGAAUAUAUCGCAGAAAAUUCUUCUAAAAAUUUGGUACAACAUACCAAUGAAGAAGAUUUGAUGGAAAAUUUACAACAAGAAUAUAUUACACAAAAUUCUUCUAAAAAUUUGAUACAAAAUAACAGUGAUAUAGAUGUUUUUGAAGAGAUGCUGCAAGAAUGUAAAAAUUAUAUCGCAGAAAAUUCUUCUAAAAACUUGAUAAACCACACCAAUGAAGAAGGUUUGAUGGAAAAUGUACAACAAGAGUAUAUCGCAGAAAAUUCUUCUAAAAAUUUGGUACGAAAUAACAAUGAUAUAGAUGUUUUUGAAGAGAUGCUGCAAGAAUGUAAAAAUUAUAUCGCAGAAAAUUCUUCUAAAAACUUGAUAAACCUCACCAAUGAAGAAGGUUUGAUGGAAAAUGUACAACAAGAGUAUAUCGCAGAAAAUUCUUCUAAAAAUUUGGUACGAAAUAACAAUGAUAUAGAUGUUUUUGAAGAGAUGCUGCAAGAAUAUAUCGCAGAAAAUUCUUCUAAAAACUUGAUAAACCACACCAAUGAAGAAGGUUUGAUGGAAAAUGUACAACAAGAGUAUGCACAAAGUCCUUCUAUAAAUUUAAUAAGAAAUAACAAUGAUAUAGAUGAGAUUGAAGAGAUGCUGCAAGAAUAUAUCGAUGAAAGUUCUUCUAAAAAUUUGGUACAACAUACCAAUGAAGAAGAUUUGAUGGAAAAUUUACAACAAGAAUAUAUCGCAGAAAAUUCUUCUAAAAACUUGAUAAAACAUACAAAUGAAGAAGAUUUGAUGGAAAAUGUACAACAAGAGUAUAUUGUACAAAGUCCUUCUAUAAAUUUAAUAAGAAAUAACACUGAUAUAGAUGAGCUUGAAGAGAUGCUGCAAGAAUAUAUCGCAGAAAAUUCUUUUAAAAAUUUGGUACAACAUACCAAUGAAGAAGAUUUGCUGGAAAAUUUACAACAAGAAUAUAUCGCAGAAAAUUCUUCUAAAAAUUUGGUACAACAUACCAAUGAAGAAGAUUUGAUGGAAAAUUUACAAAAAGAAUAUAUCGCAGAAAAUUCUUCUAAAAAUUUGGUACAACAUACCAAUGAAGAAGAUUUGCUGGAAAAUUUACAACAAGAAUAUAUCGCAGAAAAUUCUUCUAAAAAUUUGGUACAACAUACCAAUGAAGAAGAUUUGCUGGAAAAUUUACAACAAGAAUAUAUUACACAAAAUUCUUCUAAAAAUUUGAUACAAAAUAACAGUGAUAUAGAUGUGUUUGAAGAGAUGCUGCAAGAAUGUAAAAAUUGUAUUGUCUACUACUAAAUAUUUAUUAUUAGUUUAAAUAAAUUUUUAGUGAAGCU